UUGGGCGUUCGCGGCAGCAGUUAGACUGCAGCGAGCAGUUGUGUGUUGACCUCUUCGAAGAACUCGUCACUUCUCUACCUCACGCGCAGUAUGUCUGGCCGCGGCAAGACUGGGGGCAAGGCCCGCGCCAAAGCUAAGUCGCGCUCGUCGCGUGCAGGCCUUCAAUUCCCUGUGGGCCGUGUUCACCGGCUGCUGCGGAAGGGCCACUACGCAGAAAGGGUGGGCGCAGGCGCGCCUGUGUACCUGGCAGCGGUGCUUGAAUACCUCACGGCGGAGAUCCUGGAGCUGGCGGGCAACGCGGCCCGCGACAACAAGAAGACGCGCAUCAUCCCCCGCCACCUGCAACUGGCUAUCCGCAAUGACGAAGAGCUUAACAAGCUACUGGGCGGCGUGACGAUCGCCCAAGGAGGUGUUCUGCCCAACAUCCAGGCCGUGCUGCUGCCCAAGAAAACCAGUGCCACCGUAGGGCCAAAAGCACCGGCGGGCGGCAAGAAGGCCACCCAGGCCUCUCAGGAGUACUGAGGGGCGCCCGCGCUGCCCGCCCCCGGGAGCCCGACCCUCCCUGUGCCACCACAAAGGCCCUUUUAAGGGCCACCACAGCCCUCACAGAAGGAGCUGAGCCACGGCGGCGGUGUGCCGCCGCCCCACCCCCCAACCUUCCCCCUAAUCCCCCGCCCGUGCAAGUUAGAGGGCCCGUUCCUGUUUUCCGCCGCCGCGGAGGUACCGUUGAACACCGUGCGGCAGGCCCUGGUCGUCUCCGGAGCUAUGACUCAGCCGUCCUGCCUUCUGAGUGGCUGAUGGGCUGCGGCACCUGGAAGGCCAGGCCUGCUGCUCUGACGUGGGGCUGAGGUGAGCGGCCGCGACCCCGGAAGGUGAGUCGCUGGCGGAGCCCCCUCAGAUUCUUCUCCAGCUCGGUGCUUAGGUCGCGAACUCAGACAUGGCUGUGGACUUCUUCCCUGGCUUUGGUGGAGACUUUGAUCCUUAAAUUUGUUCGGGCGUCCCCUUUGCUGCCUCCGUCUUAAUUCUAGACCUGGGCGAUGCGGCCAAGACAGAUUCUGGAAUGUGCACGCCUUCCCCCAGAGAUGGGCUCCUCCCCAGGUGAAGCUGGGGAAGGUGGGGGGCGGCCGCGUGGACUGCAGGGCUCGUGCACGCGCGCGUGCACGCGCCCGCCCGCCCGCAGCUGACGGGCAGCGAAGCCUCCCUUCUCCAGCACCAUCGCUCAACACCUUGAUAUAUACCAGCACAAGCCGGUAUCCUCUUCUGGACGCAGCCUCCGUGGGCUUCCGAACUGAAAUUUAGCAUCUAACCCAUUUAAGAGUAGUACCUUAAGUAUUGGGGAGUUUCAGAUGGACUAACUUUGUUUAUUAAAGAUUUUUUUUUUUAA